AUGGCGUCGCUUACGCAAGACGUGCUCUUGAAGCUCCUCCAGCAUGCCAGCGACAGAAAUGUUAAGGUCACCGGUGAGCACCGUUCGGCUCUCUUGCAGGUGCUCGAGAUUGUCCCUGCACUUGCUGCCGGCGAUGAUCCCUGGCAGAGCAGAGGUUUCUUCUUGAAGGUCUCCGACUCUUUGCAUUCUGCUUACGUUUCUAUCUCCAAUGAAGACCUCGAUUUGAUCUUCAGUGAUAAGAUCCAGCUCGGUCAGUUCCUUCAUGUCUCUCGCUUAGACUCUGCUUACCCUGUUCCUGUGCUUCGUGGUAUCAAGCCUGUCCCUAAGAGGCGGCCUUGUGUUGGUAACCCUAUCGAUUUGGUCUCCAGCGACUGGCUGAUGGUUCGACCUAAUGUUGAUAUCCCAGCGGCGGCUCAGGUUUCGGAGAAUGUAAAAAGCGCCGAGAAGAAAGAUGGAUUGAAGACGACCAAGGUGAAGAGGUCGUCAGAAAUUGAAGACAAAACCAAGUCAAGACGAGCUUCGUUGGGAAACAAUGCGAGGGCGGAGGACCUGGAGUUGAGGAGACUAAGCUUGGAUACGAUGCGCAAGGGAUGGGACCAUAGCCCAGGAUCGAAGAAUGCCAACGGCGUACGUUCCUCUAGUUUCUCGGAUACUGCUUCUGUUCUUUCUGAUAAGAAAGCUUCUUCCAGGAGUAACUCUAAGAAUCAAUGUUAG